AGGAGGAAGCACUUCCUGGCCCGAGGCGGAAGUGAAUCUGGGGGUGAAGAUGGCGGCCGCGGCCAAGGCGAAGAAGAAAGUUGUCAACCAGCAGGAGCUGCGGCGGUUAAUGAGGGAGAAGCAGCGUGCGGCCGCGGGGAGCAGGAGGAUCGAGUCCCCACUUGCCAAAUAUAAUAGUUUAGGUCAUCUAAGCUGUGUGGUUUGCAGUAUUCCAAUAAAAAAUGAAUUGCUGUGGCAGACACACAUUCUGGGGAAACAACAUAAAGAGAACCUGGAGAAACGACGAAAUAGAGAUCAAACAACUGAAGCGUCAAUAAUUAACACACCAGCAGUUCCUCUAGUAAAGAGAAAAGGUAUAGAUACAGAAACCAAAGCUGCAAAAAAAGUCAAAGCUUCUUGUGAUUCUAGAACAUCUACAAGUACUGGGUUACCGGCUGAUUUUAUCGAUCCUAUUAAUGAGACAUCUGUGCAGCAUUCCAGCCAAAGCUUGGUAACUGGCAGUGAUGAUGACAUGGAGGAAAAGGCUGAGAAAAAUGUUGAUCCUGUACCACCUAUGGGAGUGGCUGUUUUACAGAAAAAUGCUGCUCUUCCAGCACCAGUGCAGAACCAGACUGAGAAUAUACUUCCGGCAGAUUUCUUUGAUAGCGGCCUAAAAUCUGCAGUUUCUCAUUCUGGAUCUAUCCAAAAGCCAGAACGACCAGACAAGACUGUGGAAAGGAAAGAAAAUACAGCUGAAGCUUUGCCAGAAGGAUUCUUUGAUGAUCCAGUAAAAGAUGCAAGGGUGCGGAAGGUCGACCCGCCCAAAGAUCAAAUGGAUAAAGAGUGGGAAGAAUUUCAGAAAGAAAUCAGACAGGUUAAUACGGUUUCUGAAGCAAUUGUAGCAGAAAAUGAUGAAGAAGUUCGUUUGGAUAGACAGAUAGAAGAAAUCGAUGAACAAAUCCUGUGCUACAGACGUGUCGAACAUUUAAGAGACCGUCAAGAGUCUGUAAAACAACUGAUGACGACUUUGCAAGACAGACAAUCGCAAGGUGAUGAGAAAGUUGAUACCGAUGAGGAAGUGGAACUCCAGGAAUUCCUUUCAGGUGAUUGGCGAGCAAAAGGAGCUUUGCUUUAGUACUCUGUGCUGUGCAAUUAUUGCUCGAAGUAAACUUUCAACAAACCAUGACAUAUUGCCAAUCAAGACUGACAUCUACUACAGCUUUUGCAUGAACUGAUAAACCGUUGAAAACUUCAGUCAUCAAGAAGAAUGCUUGGAAAUUUGUUUUCAAUUGGUAACCCUUUUUCAGAAGAUAUACAGAUGUUAUUAUAAUAAACAUUAAGAUGUGUCCAGAUGUAUUUUAUCAGGUUAUUUCAAUUAAUAUGUAUUUUCUGUUCAUAUUAAAUCAUUCUUGUAAUGAUACGAUUUUAUAUGUUUAAAGCUAGCCAUGUCAGUGGCAAUGUUUUCUUAAUUUGAGAGCAAACAUUAUGGUAAAAUUAAUGAAGAUUGUCGUCCUCUAAUGUUAUAUUAUGUUAUGAUAUGAUAUUAACCUCAAGAUUAUUACAACAUUGUUGAGAGGUUAACUUAUUUUGUUGGGAAGGAUUUCAAUUGGAAAAAAUAUGACGGUUAACUCCAAGAUUAUUACAAAAUUGUUAUUGAGAGGUCAACUUAUUUUGUUGUGAAGGAUUUUAAUGAGAAGUAGCACACCAUUAAAUCACAAAGACAACAUAGAUAUAAAUAACAAUAAAAGCUGAAGUGUUGAAGCAAGAAUUAUACAACAUA